AUGAUUGCUCCUCUUGCACUCAUCUUCAUGACCCAGUGGAUGUUGCUGAUCACCCAGUUCUGUGUUGGCUGGCACUGCACAGGCUCAGAGAUGCCAGACUCACCUAUUAGAAAUUUGAUGCUGAAUCAACGGAAAGUGGAAUUGAGUUGGACGAGCAGAAUGAAUUUCACUGAGGACUGCAUGAAUGGAUCAGCCAUUGACAACUUCUCCUGUGUGAUUUAUAACAUUUCCCUCAUGAACUGCACUUGGCAGGCAGGCAAGGAUGCACCAGCAGAUACCCAGUAUUUUCUCUACUGGCAGAACUCCAGAUAUGAGGAUGCGAUGGAAUGUGAGCUUUACAUUCAGGAUGAAAAUGGCAGAAAUACAGGAUGUAGAUUCCAAAAUGUGAGGAUAGAGACUGAAAAAGCUUACUUCUUGGUGAACGGCUCUAGCAAAGACUCCCUGAUCCAGUUCUAUGAUGCAUACAUUCAACUGUAUAAAAUUGAAAAGCUCAUGCCUCCAGCAAAUAUCACUGUCAACUGUGAUGAAAUUAAAAACAAUUGCAUAAUUCAAUGGCAACGACCCCAAAUAAGUCAUUCUAACAAAGACAAGUGUUUUAAAUAUGAAAUCAACAUAAAGUAUAAGGGUAGCCCUGAGGAAAAAAACAUCUAUACUUCCAUACAAGAAGGGGGAUAUAAUCACACAUUUCAAAGAUACAACACAAGAAAGAAGUGUCUCUUGAAAAUGAGGGCAGCUGGCAGUGUCUGCUUUGUGAGCCCAGCCUGGGGGGAGUGGAGUGCACCUGUAGAGUUUGGAAAUGAAGAAAUUAUUUCUUCUGCAGUAUGGAUCUUACUUGUGGUAGCAUUUGGGACACUCUUAGUGGCAAUUGUCACAAUUUUAUUCUGCAGAAGGACUGGCUGUUGGAAAGCAGCAUUUCCACAAGUCCCAGAGCCAAAAAAUGCAUUUCAUAGACUGCCUGAUACAAAUACAGAGCUGAUGGAGAUUAAAAUUCAGUCAAUAACAUCUGAUAAGGAAGAGAUAACAUUAGUUGCUGACAUAUUGAAAUAA